AUGGCGAAAAUUUCGAAUUCUACUGUGUUUACAAACGAUGCAUCUUCUACUGGUACUUCCGAUCUCCUUCAACAAGCGUUCCAACAAGUUGUUGACGAUGACGAUCACGAUAACGAAUUUGUUGCAUUUUUGCAAAAUGAUGAUAAUGAUUCCCAAACAAUUCAUUUGACUCCGGAACAAGCGGCAGCCUUGGGACUAACCUUCGAGGUAAACUCGAACGAAGAGGUUAUCUAUCAACAAGAACAAGAUAACGCCACUUCAAACAUACCAGAAGAUAUUUCCGCAAAAGACAACGUCAACGUACAGGACCAAAACUCAUUACCUCCUCAGGAAUCUAUAACAAUCGGUCAGUUAAAUUAUCAACCCGAAGAAGUACAAAAGUCCAAUAAUACUAGAUUGAUUAAAACAGAAUGUAUUGAUUUUCAAGAAUGGCAUAUGCAAAAGGUUUCCCAAACAGAACAACUUCAAGAUCAAAUUGUCGAGAAUGACAUAACAUUGGAAGAAAUUGAUUUGAAUAAUCAGAAUCAUGAAUCUCAACAAAUGAUUGAACAUCAGACUAAUAUAAUUCCACAGAAUUCAAGCACAGAGACAAUGGUUUUGGAACAACCUAAAAUACACACAAUAAAAACAGAUGUCACACAUGUAAAAAGCAUUCAUGAAAAUGAUUUGCAAUAUACUAUUGAAGAUAAUAUAGCACAAAACCAGCUUAAUACAAUACCUAAUACUCAGGCGCAAAUCUUACAAAAAUUACCAAUGAUUUUACCAUCUUCACAAUUUAUUAUAAAGCCUGCACAAACUAUAUUGAAACCAGCUAAGAACAUUAGAUUAUUUCAAAGUUCAAACAAGUUGACCAACACAACUGUUAAUUCCAUUAACAGUGUACAUUCACUGAAUACAAACUCAAAUUCUAAUUCCGUAUUACUUUCGAAAGCUACAAUAUUGAAUAAUUUGUCACCACAGAUAAUAAAAGCUACACCUAUAACAGCUCAGUUGUUAAAUACUAGUGGUAUAUCUGCACAAUUAUUAAAUACAUCUCAGCUAUUGACUAGUGCUUGUGAAAUACAGAACCAAUCUAUUGGUACACCACAUAUGUCAAAUACUAUUGUAAAUACCACAUCUGGAGCAACACAGAAUAUUGUUACUUCACAAAUACGUUUGUCUCCAAUUGUAAAAACAUCCCAGCCUCUUCAAAGAGGAAAUGUUCAACAAUUUUUAACUCCAGUCCUAAAAGGUACAUCAACUGUGCUUCCAAAAACAAAUAUUCUUAAUAAUACCAAUGUGGCUGCAGCUAUUCCAGCACAAUUUUUGAAAUCAGUACAAAUCCCUUCCCAGUUACUUAAAACAAGAACCACAAUUGGUAAAAAAAUUACAAGCACAACUGGAACACCAAAAGCUACAACUAAUUCUGAAACACCAGUUGUACUCCGAACCGCAUCAAUUGUUAAAACUCAAGAUUUGAAAACAACAACAACAAAUUCUAUUUUGAAACCGACUCAAAUCUGUUCAACGCCUAUAUCUAUAUUAAAACCUCAAGCAAAAAUUGCAUUUAACAACACGACUAAACAAAAUAUAACUAUUGGAACCCAAAAUGCAAAUAGUUUGCAAAAUAAUUCACAAAAGACAUCUCCAACACAACAGAAUAGUACAUUUGAAUCUGCUAAACUGGUUCAAAGUGAAACUCCUAGACAAAAACUUAAUCUCGUGGUAAAUGGCACAAAUCUUAAAGUGAAUAAAAAAGUUAAAAGUACUCCUGUUAAAUCUACAACAAUAGUAAAUGAAUCUACAGAUACAUCUAAACCAUUAGGUUCCAGUGAAAAUCCCAUACAAAUAGUUCAGCAAGGUCAAACAUUUCACAGUAUACAACGUUUAACACCAACACAACUGAAACAAAUUGCACAUGUUUUGCAACAACGUAGUCAAGAAGCAGCUACAUCAAAUGAAAGAGUAGUAUAUAGAGUUGUAUUUCCUGAAGAAUUGGAUUUACAAAUUAGAAAUCCAGGAAAUUUAUUAAAAAGUCGUGGUGGGAAAAGAGGAAGGCCAAAGAAAAGUGCUAUGAGACCUUCCUUACUUCCAUCUAAACCAGCACCAAUUCCUGAUGAAGAACAGGAAGAAUUGAAGGAUGAAAGAAAGAAAGUUGUAGCCAGAACACGAUCGGGUAGACUUUCUCGACCUCCUAGACAUAUGGUACGAGAUUAUAAACAUUUGCAUCAUUCAGAUUUUUUACAACCUGAUCUGGAUGAUUCAGAUGGUGGUUAUAGCGAUUAUAAUACUAACAAUGAUAAACUUGAGGAAGAAGAAUCACCUAAGGAAUUAUUAACAGGACUAGAAGUACCAAAAAGAAAAAUAUCAGAUCAUUUUAGGUGUCCUACAUGUAAUAAAAUAUAUUUAGGACGUACUCGCAUGGCAAGACAUUUUGAAAUGCAUCCUGACCAUGGAAGUCCUGAACAACUACCUCCCUCUACACCUGAACCUGAAUUAAAACAAAGUGGAGGUCAAGAUCCUUUAAAACGCAAAGGAAAAAAGCGAGGUCCUUGGGCUUAUGUUACGCCAGAAGCUAAGUCAGAAAGACGACAAAUAAAAUUGCGCGAAGCAAUUUCUGUAUGUGAAGAUUUCGAAAUAAUAAAAAUAGCUGCAAAACCUGUGUUGAACGCACAAUCAUUAUUUGAUUUACUAGUACUAAAGUCUGAGAAUAAUGUAAGAAACUUUUUGGACGAAUUAAAACAAUUAAUGGAUAAAAUACGAGAAAAGGCUGGAACAAUGUUAACACUUGUAAACAACGACGAAGAAUCAAGCAAAGAGUUGAUUGAUAUCAAUGAGGAAUCGCUUUGUGAUGCUUUAGGUCUUAAUCCAGGUUUAUAUAGAAUUAAUAAUGAAGCUUUGAAAAAGGUUGAUACUUCUAUUUGUACUAGUUAUGAAAAUGGGGAACCACCUCUUAAGCUCCAGAAAACAGAUAAUUCUGAAGAUGGUAAAGAAAAUAUAGAAGAACGAAUGUCAAGUGGUUUUUCCGAAAGCUCAGACCUUAGUGUUUCUGAUUUUUUAAGUGAUAGAAGAAAUGACUCCAUAACAAAUCCUACUUGCCCAGAGGUGCUAUCAGCUUUAACAUUAAUGAGAAGAAAUCCUAGUCCAGUGAAUAAUUCAGAGAGUAAUAAAUCUAAUAAUGUGUCGAAAUUGUUAAUUUCAAAUCCAGAGAUUCAGAAUCAGAUUUCAGAUAAUCCUGGAUUCCAGAAAAUUGAUAUUACUUUACCAAAAGUUUCUAAUUUUCAAAAAACAGAGUCUCAUAAAGAGAACUUCACAAAAUUAGGGACUGGUUUAGGAUCGUCAAAUUUUUGUAAGGUUGAUGAUAAUUAUGAGCAAUCUAAAAUAGAGCAUAUGGAACAAGCUUUCAUAAAAUUAGAACCAACAGAACAGGGUUUUGUAAAAUUAGGAAAUAAUUCUAUGGAAACUUAUCAGAAACAAGAUUCUCCAAAUUUUGAAAAAAUGCAAAAUGGUUUGGAUGACAUCGAGAAUGGAUCUCAAAAUUUUGUUAAAGGAUUCCAAAAAUUAGUUUCCAAAAUAAUUCCAAUGACUUCAGAGAUAAAUUGUGUUAAAACACAACAGUCUACAUCAUUGGAUGCGAAUUCUUGUAAACUGAUGCCUAGUACUUCUGGUUGUAAGAUUUCAAAUAACCUACCUAUACUUCAAGAUAGUGUACCAAUGAUUUCCAAUAAUUGUGAUACUAGUAUAUUUGGCAGUUCAGAAAAUUUAGAUAUGACAAAAAUAGCUCAGUAUGAUCAUAUAGCACAUUUAGACAUUCUAAAUACAAGUGGAGUAAUAGAUAAGAAUUUAUUAAUUGAUGAAAAAUUAGUUGAACAACUGCAUCUAGUAGAUCAGUCGAAUUUAGUUGAUGAACUUGUAUCUGAGCGAUUGAAAAAUAUUAUGCCAGAUAAUAUUUUAGAAAACAAUUUGAUAUCAAAUAAUUCAAAUUUAGAUACUGAUCUUGAUUUUGAAGCAUUAAGUGAAGAAUUUAAUAGAAAUACCAGAAGUUGA